AUGACGCUCACCGAAGCCGACCGCGAGAUUGCGGCCGCCGAGAUCGAUGCCUCGCCCAAGGAGUUUGCCGGUCAGGCGUUUCUCGCUCGCCGUAGCGAUGAGGUUGAGAGGGUCAUGUCGGCGUCGUCGGUUUCUACCACGUCUUCCGAGGAAAGGCAGAGGAGGGCGAGACGUAUGAGCGGUGUUUCGACACAACACGACCUUGAGAGGCACCCUACCGAGCUUAGUCGCAUCCAGACCCAGAGGAGUCAGCACAGCGGCACUGUUGGGAGGACAGGAACCAGGGGAAGCAGGACGAGAAGCAGGAGGUCCGAGAAGCCUCUUCCCCCUUUCGGCGCCGGAAAACCCUACCCACCCCAGCUGCCCGAUCCGGAUGAGUAUGUGGUCGAGUUUGACGGUCCCGACGACCCCAUGCACGCCAUGAACUGGCCCAUCAAGAAGAAGUUCUUCACUGCCGUUAUUCUCGGCUAUACUACCUUCGUUGCUGCGUUCGGUUCGUCCAUCUUCUCCUCGGCAACCAGCUCCAUCGCCAAGAUCUACCACGUCAACCAGACCGUCGGUAUUCUUGGUGUCUCUUUCUACGUUCUCGGUUUCGCUACUGGUCCGACACUAUGGGCGCCUCUGUCCGAGUUGAAGGGCCGUAAGCUUCCUCUGGUUAUCGGCAUGUUCGGUAUGGCGAUCUUCAGUAUCGCCACCGCUACCGCCAAGGACCUCCAGACCAUCCUCAUCACUCGCUUCUUUGGUGGCUUCUUCGGCGCUUGCCCGCUGGCUGUCGUCGCUGCUGUUUUCUCGGACAUGUUCGAUAACAGGACGAGAGGUAUUGCCAUCACCUUGUUCUCCAUGACUGUCUUCACUGGUCCCAUGAUGGCUCCCUUUAUUGGUGGCUUCAUUUCGACCUCGUACCUUGGCUGGCGCUGGACUGAGUACAUUGUCUCCUUCAUGGCCUUCCUCGCUUUCGGCCUGGAUCUCCUCUUCAUGAACGAGACCUACCCUCCCCAGAUUCUGGUCAAGAAGGCCUCCGAGCUCCGCCGCCGCACCCUCAACUGGGGCAUCCACGCCAAGCAGGAGGAAAUCGAGAUUGACUUCAAGGAGCUUAUCCAGAAGAACUUCUCGCGUCCCAUGCGCUUGCUCUUCGGCGAGCCCAUUGUCGCCCUCCUCUCCAUCUACAUGUCCUUCAUCUACGGUAUCCUGUACCUCUUCCUGACGGCCUACCCCAUGGUCUUCCAGGGUGUCUACGGCAUGACCCCCGGUGUUGCCGGCCUCACCUUCUUCGGCAUGAUCACUGGCCAGAUCCUCGCCGGUGUCACCAUCCUUCUGCAGCAGCCGUGGUACAUGCGCAAGCUCAACGCCAACAACGGUGUACCCAUCCCCGAGUGGCGUCUCCCCAGCGUCAUCGCCGGCGGUGUCGCCUUCUCCGCCGGUCUCUUCUGGUUCGGCUGGUCUGGCUACAGCGGCAAGGUCCACUGGAUCGUGCCCACCCUCUCCGGUAUCCUCUCCGGCUUCGGUCUGGCCUCCAUCUUCCUCCAGGCCCUCAACUACCUGGUCGACUCGUACCUCAUGUUCGCCGCCUCCGCCAUCGCCGGUAACACCUUCCUCCGUUCGCUCGCCGGUGCCGGUUUCCCUCUCUUCUCCACCUACAUGUUCAAGGGCAUGGGUAUUGAGUGGGCUUCCACCCUGCUUGGCUGCGUUGCCGCCGCGCUUGUUCCCAUCCCCAUCAUCUUCCUCUACUACGGUGCUCGCAUUCGCGCCAAAUCCGCCUACGCUCCCACUUUCGCGCCCAGGGCUGCUGUUGAGGACGAGAGCGGUGAUGAGACCAACUCUGAUCAUGCCGUCGGCGAGAAGGAGCAGCCUUCGGGUGUGCCCAGGAAGAGUGGCGAUGCCGCUACUAACGCUGUUUAA